AUGCUCCUCUCAAUAAAAAUUAAUUUUGUCCUUUUUCUCUUCUUUUUUAUAUUUAUUGGCCAUAAAAAUUGCCUGGCAAGUUAUGCUGAUAGUUAUACAAGUGGAACGAUUUUGGGCAAUUUAGCUGGUUAUGGAGGGGGUUAUGGAGGAGGAUAUGGUUAUGGAGGGGGUUAUGGAAGUUAUACUGGUGGGUAUGGAUAUAAUUGUGGAUGUUAUGGUGGUUAUAAUAAUGGAGGAUAUGGCUACAAUAAUUACUACUACCCUUACAAUUAUAAUUACAAUUAUGGAUAAAUCAGA